GGGCAGGGGCGAGGAGCGGACGGAGGAACCCGAGCUGAGCGCGCGACGGCCAUAUUGAUUCCGCGCGAAGCCCGCCCGUUUUGUGUUUCCUGGGGGCCGGGGAGGAGCGGCCGGCCGGGGCGGCGUGGGCGCUGAAAGCGGGCGGCUUCGUGCCCUUCCUCACCGCCGACUGCAACGCCUGUCCCUGCGUGCUCCCUCGCUGUUUUUCUGCCUGUUUUCCUCCCUGCCUUGUACCGCGGCGACUUCCCCGACACCCCCUGUUCUUUCUGUCCGGCACCUGCAAAAGCCUCGUCGUUUGCUUUCGCUCCUCCCUCUUCUGUUUUAUUUUUUUUUCCCGCCCGCGGCUCGCUUUCUCGGCGGGUGGAGUUCUGCCUUCAUUCAUUCAUUCAUUCGCCUCGGCUUGGCUUUCUUUCCGGCUUUUAAACUUCCUUUUCCUCCCCUGCUUAUUUUCUGGAGCUGCUGCGACUGAGGCGAGGGAUUAUUAUUUUUAAAAAAAAAAUUCCGAGGGGGUUGCUUAGUCUUUGCUCUUCUUGCCCUUCCCCGGCCCCUCGCACGGCGCCCCUCUUUUCCCGCGGCCCCUCCGCUCCUUUCCCCGGGCUUUCCCGCGCCUCCUUCGCGCCAUGGCGGCGGCGGUGGCGGCCUCGACGCCGGUCGGGCAGCGGACCCGGAGCAGCGCGGCGAGCACUCCACUCAGCCCGACGCGCAUCACCCGCCUGCAAGAGAAGGAAGAGCUGCGGGAGCUGAACGACCGCCUGGCCGUCUACAUCGACAAGGUGCGGAGCCUGGAGAUCGAGAACAGCGCCCUCCACCUCCAGGUCACCGAGCGAGAGGAGGUGCGCGGCCGGGAGCUCACGGGCCUCAAGGCGCUCUACGAGACCGAGCUGGCCGAUGCCCGGCGGGCUUUGGACGACACGGCCCGCGAGAGGGCCAAGCUGCAGAUCGAGCUGGGCAAAAUCCGCGCCGAGCACGACCAGCUCCUGGGAAACUAUGCAAAAAAAGAAUCUGAUUUGAAUGGCACAGUGGCUAAACUUCGAGAGUUUGAAGCAGCUCUGAAUGCUAAAGAGGCAGCACUUGCCACAGCACUUGGUGAUAAGAAGAGUCUCGAGGGAGAGCUGGAAGAUUUGAAAGAUCAGAUUGGUCAGCUUGAAGCUGCUUUAGCAGCUGCCAAGAAGCAACUGGUGGACGAAACUUUACUAAAGGUGGAUCUUGAAAACCGCUGUCAAAGUUUGAUUGAAGACUUGGAGUUCCGAAAAAAUAUAUAUGAAGAGGAAAUCAAUGAGACAAGGAGGAAACAUGAGACGCGACUUGUUGAAGUGGACUCUGGGAGGCAAAUAGAGUAUGAACAUAAACUUGCCCAAGCACUUCACGAAAUGAGAGAGCUGCAUGAUGUACAAGUGAAGCUGUACAAGGAGGAGCUUGAAGAAACUUACCAUGCCAAACUUGAGAAUGCAAGACUCUCCUCUGAAAUGUCUAGCUCUGCAGCCAACACAGUAAGAGAAGAACUCAUGGAAAGUCGCAUGCGCAUUGACAGCCUAUCUUCCCAACUGGCUGCUUUGCAGAAAGAGUCUAGAGGAUGGCUUGAGAGGAUGCAAGAACUGGAGGAUAUCCUGGCUAAAGAAAGGGAUAACUUUCGCAGGACACUCUCUGACAAAGAGAAAGAGAUGGCUGAGAUAAGAGAUCAGAUGCAGCAACAAUUAAAUGAUUAUGAACAACUGCUAGAUGUAAAAUUGGCUCUAGAUAUGGAAAUCAAUGCAUACAGGAAGCUGUUAGAGGGUGAAGAAGAAAGGCUGAAACUUACCCCCAGCCCAUCAUCUCGUGUAACAGUCUCUCGGGCAUCAUCGAGCCGAAGUGUGCGUACAACCAGGGGGAAAAGGAAGAGGGUUGAUGUUGAAGAGUCGGAGGCCAGUAGUAGUGUUAGUAUCUCCCAUUCAGCUUCAGCUACUGGAAAUAUCUGCAUUGAGGAAAUUGAUGUAGAUGGGAAGUUUAUCCGCUUGAAGAACACUUCUGAUCUGGACCAACCAAUGGGAGGAUGGGAGAUGAUCAGAAAAAUAGGAGAUACUUCUACCACUUACAAAUAUACCUCAAGAUAUGUUCUAAAGGCAGGCCAGACUGUUACAAUAUGGGCUGCUAAUGCUGGAGUAGUGGCUAGUCCUCCUUCUGACCUCAUCUGGAAGAACCAGAACUCCUGGGGUACUGGCAAAGAUGUGAAAGUUGUACUGAAAAACUCUCAGGGAGAGGAAGUUGCUCAGAGAAGCACAGUCUUCAAAACGACUUUACUUGAAGCUGAAGAUGGGGAAGAAGCAGAGGAAGAAGCAGUUGAAGCUGUAGAAGAGGAAGAUCUAUUUCACCAGCAGGGAGACCCACGAGCAGCCAACAGGAGCUGUGCAAUUAUGUAAACUCCAGCCACAUAUAUUCCUCAGUUAAGUUAAUCCCUUCCUGAAGAGAAGAACCUUCUUGGAAGCACAACAUAUUUUUGUAUUUCCUUUUGUGAAUUUUAAAGCUGUGUCUGGCCUUAAUUUCCUUUGUCACAGAGAUGGAGGUUUUUGUAAGUGAAAUCAUAUUAUAUAGCUUUUUGAAAUGUGAAAUUUGGCACUGAAUAUUGUCCUUUUUCUUUUUUUUGGAACAGCCCUCAUUUUUAUGCUGGUCCCUUUUUAAUACCUUCAGUCAGAAAUAAUAACUACCGUGUGGGGGUUUGGUUAUUAGACUAGCCAUCUGCUCUUUGCCCUUUUACAUCCUUAGGUGCUUUUUGGAAGGGGAAGGAAAGAUAUAUUCAGCAAAAAAUUUUGUACUGAAAACUUUUGUAUUUUAUCAAUCAAGUUACAUAGGUUUUACUUGGAGCAUUUGUAAAGAACAUUGUCUAUCAGUUGCAUCAUGAGUAGGACAAUGAAGAAUUUGACAAAAUUCCUUUGCUAGUUUUACUUCACUUAGAUACCUAAUCAGGAGGCAGGCUUAUGUUAAUGUAUUAGGCGUGUUUUUAAAUUCUAGUGUAACUUGCCUAUUUUUUUCAUGUCAAGUUAAGAAAUAAAAGCUAUCUUAAGAAGAAGCCUUGUAAUUUUGAAAAAUAAAACUCUGUAUCUGUUCAUUGUA